AUGCGAAGAAGGCCCGGCUCAUUGCCGUAUCUAGAAAAAGAUUCUGCUGGUCCGAGUAGCCUUUUGCGGCAAAGAAUGCAAAGGUCUUUGCCCAGAACAAUUAAAGCUUGCGAUUCCUGUCGAAAACUGAAGUCAAGGUGUUUCAAGGCGUCAGAUUCGGCUGUUAGCUGUAGUAGGUGUCUAAACCUCAAUCGAACAUGUUCGUUAGAAACAGAUUUCAAAGAAAGGUUUCCUAAUAUUCCUGUCGUGGAUGGUGUUCCGCAAGAUCCCAAUAGCUACCACAAUUCUCAAGAGAACGAGCCCGAAGCCAUGCUUCGAAACAAAAUUGAUUUAAUUUAUCUGGGAAUUUCAGAAUUAUUGGCUUGUUGCAAUUCUGAGAGUGCAAUUGCUCUAAAAAAUGAUAUGAGAUGUCUUGUAGGGGCGCCACCAAUGGCUAAAAGCUUUUCGCUUCCUGCUUCUCUAAACUCAAAUGUACAAUUGCCUGACUCUUCUAGUAGUUUGGCAAGUCAUUUGGACAUUUUUGACAGUUCUUCAAAUUUAAGCUCAUCAUCUAGGAGCAGCGAGACAAAUAAGACACAGCAUGGUGCAAACAUAAUCGAACCUGAUCUGGAGUUCGACCCUGCAUGUCUUUGUUUUGCCUCAAAAUCCUUUCAAACUUCUCCAUUUUUCAUUGUUUCACGGCAUCUCGCACAUAUUCCAAGCCCAAUAGCGCGGUUAACUAGUGGGUUAAGUGAUCUGGGAGGUACGACUAAAGAUGAUCCAAUGGAUCUCGACAUCAUAAGCUCCGGAAUUCUCUCAGAAGCCCAAGCUAUUGAUCUCAUGAAAGAUUUCAGAAGUAAUUACGGGAGGUGGGUUCUGUUUCCUCUACAAAUGUUCACCGAUGAGCUUAUCCGCCAAUUGAGGAGAAAAUCUCCCUUCCUUCUAACAACAUGCUGUACUAUAUCUCUCCGAUAUCUGCUCAACUGCAAGAAUGAAAAAUUAGACGAAACACACAGCAAAGAAUCGAUUCUUUUUAGUGGUGUAAUCAAUCAUUUACUCUCUGAUCUCAAGAAAGCCAUCUUACAUUACACAAUUGGUGAGGACAGUCUAGAAGGAGAUAUAGAGUUCCUCCAAGCCAUGGUAAUCAUUUGCAUAUAUCUGUAUUCACUCUCUACCAUUGCGGCUGGUUUGCUUGCCUCUGGCGCAUCUACCGCAGGUGCCUCCAUCAAAUCUGAAAGACACAGUAACGAUACUUGUGAAUUGAAGAUGGACCCAUGGAAACUCUCAGGUUUAGCGCUCACUCAUUUUAUUUCCAAAUCGUGCUUCGGCACAUUAUUUUCCUUCAAGGACCUCAACAUGAACGCCCAGGCGGCACUCUACCCUUCCUUUGAUUCUGAAGAAACUCAGAAAAUUACGGUUUUCCGUACCUAUAAUCAUUUAAUCUUAAUUCAUCUCGUCAGCUGUAUCCUCACUGGCAGAAUGUGUGUUGUGGAUGAGGCGCGCUUGCGAUAUUGUAAUCUAUCGUUAGGACUUCACAGCGCCACAAAUUUCGAUGGGAGAAUGGUUAGUGAGAUUGGUAUCCUACUAAUCACAUACAAUUACAUUCAACAAAACCUUAAUACAGACAGCGUCAAAACCCUCUCAGAUGUCGAAGAUAGCCUCAUGCUUGUUGAGCAUGAGGUUAAGAAUUGGUUUGAGCAAUGGGAUUAUCUUUUCAGGCAACCAGCACUCCAAUUCGUUGAAUUUUGCUACAAUUUUUGUAAUAUUCAGAUCUGUUUGAGCUAUUUGCAUACCAAGACUCUAAUUACCUCAGAAUUGAGCUCGAGACCCAACCCAGAUUUCACUACUUAUCCAACAAUUGACAUCAUUCAAAUUCUAUUUGAUCAAUGCAAAGAUGAAAUGCUUGUGAAAAUUUUGAAUCAUGCUUAUCAAUUGGUUAACUUCGUGACGUUAGUCGAGGAUGAUUCUUAUUUUGCAUACCUUUCAGAUCAAAUCUAUUUCUCGUUUUAUUUCGGAGCUGUCGUUUUAAUUAAAACUACAAAACAUGCGAUCGAUCACGAAAAAUACGACUGUUUGAGAGAUCUAGAAGGUCUCAAAAAUGAUAACGACGAUCUUUAUGGCUUGACACCAGUGAUUCUUCUAAUCGAAAAAUUCGAGAGAGUGGCUCAAAACAAUGACUACGAUAUCAUUACCCAAUACAAACUAGGACUUAUGAAGUGUCUCGCUGAUAAUUUUCCUGAUAUUAAAUAA